ACAAAUUGCACUUAUACAUACAAUAUAUGCAUAUAGGUGGACGUGUAUAUAAAUAUAAGGAUUGUGUCUCACCACAACACAUAUUUUGAUAACCUUCACUUUCCAUUAUCCUCUCUAACUUCCCUCUUCUUGAUAGAUCUCUCUUGGUUGAUACUCAUGGAUCCACCAUUCAACGAAAUAUACAAAAACCUUUUGUUUAAACAGAUCACAAAUACAGAAAACAAUGUUCCCCAAAUACCCUUUAGCUUCUCUAUCACGGCUGUCGUCGAAGAGGUGGAGCUUCCACUGAUUGACGUCAGCCGACUAAUCGAUGGAGCCGAGAAGGAGAGGGAGAUAUGUAAGGAAGAGAUUGCUAGAGCCUCGAGGGAGUGGGGAUUUUUCCAAGUGAUAAACCAUGGAAUAUCAAUGGAUGUGUUGGAGAAGAUGAGACAAGAGCAAAUUAGGGUAUUUAGAGAACCCUUUGACAAGAAAAGUAAGUCGGAGAGGUUCUCAGCCGGGAGUUACCGGUGGGGAACGCCGUCAGCCACUUGUCUCCGGCAGCUUUCUUGGUCGGAAGCAUUUCAUGUUCCCAUGACAGAUAUUUCUGACAACAAGGAUUUCACUACCCUCAGAUCAACAAUGGAGAAAUUUGCUUCGGAAUCGGAGGCUCUAGCUUAUACUUUGGCAGAGGUUCUUGCAGAGAAAUCAGGAAGAAAAUCAAAUUUCUUUAAAGAAAAAUGUGUUAGAAACACAUGUUAUCUAAGGAUGAACCGUUAUCCACCUUGUCCAAAACCAUCAGAGGUGUACGGUUUAAUGCCUCACACGGACAGUGAUUUCCUCACAAUCUUGUAUCAAGACCAAGUCGGAGGACUCCAACUCAUUAAAGACAAUAGAUGGAUCGCCGUUAAACCUAACCCUCGUGCUCUCAUUAUCAAUAUCGGUGACUUAUUUCAGGCAUGGAGCAAUGGCAUGUACAAAAGUGUGGAGCAUCGUGUGAUGACGAAUCCAACGGUGGAGAGAUUCUCAACGGCGUAUUUUCUAUGUCCAUCAUACGACGCCGUUAUAGAGUGUUCAGGUGAUUGUCCUACUUAUAGAAAUUUCAGCUUCAGAGAAUUCAGACAACAAGUUCAAGAAGAUGUUAAGAAACUUGGUUAUAAAGUUGGCCUCCCUAGGUGUCUCAAGGACAGGGAAGACAUCAUGCUCCAUACUUAGCUUAAAAGGUUUACAAAGUUUCUAACGUACCGAUCUCGAACGGUGUGGAACUUCCCAAGACUCUGUUCAAGAUCGAUUGAAGAAAGGUUUUUGGUCUGAUGAUUAAUCCGGUCGAGUUGCAAGGGAUAAGGGAGGCUAGAGCCAAGAUUAUUUGUCUUGGAUCGAGUUUGGACUUUGGAGAGUGAGUACUCUGAGUUGAGUAAGGAAGAGUUUGAGUUUGAGCUUGCUAAGAGAAUCCGAUUUGGCCAAUGAUCCGGUGAUGCCUCGCAUCUCUAAAUGCUAUUGAAUUAAUGUGGGCGAAUUAUAAAUAAAACUGUAGUUUAUAAAGUAAGGCACAGUAGUACAUUCUUAAGUGACCAUUUUACUGGGCCAAAGCUAAACUCCAUAAGAUAUAUAUGUACAUAUGCAAGCCCAAGUAAGAGAGAACUGAGUGAAUUUUUUGUUUUUAUAUAUAUCAUGUUUUUGUUUGUUAAUGUUGUAUAUAAGUUUUUUUUGUUUGUUAAAUUUAUAUAUACAUAAUGUUUGUAUUACUUAUAUUUAUUAUAGUCACUACCUUUACAUUCAGUGAUAUGUAAUAUAUCUUAUCUAACAUGAUGAAACAGUAAAUG